GCAUCUGUGUAGUGAAUUCUCAGUCACUAUCUGAAGCUUUACAUGGGAGCAGGCUUUCAUUCCUUUACUGAGAGAUAUACUAACUGAUGAUCAGUCAUCUUCCUCAAUGUGUAUGGUCAUAUUCGCUCCGCUUUUUGCUGUUUGUGCAUUUGCAACAUGUGGGGGAUAUUCUGGCCAGAUAACGGUUAAAGUGGAAUGCAUGGAUAAAACCCAAAGAAACAUCAGCAUCAAUUUUGGCUAUCCAUUCAGACUGCAGCAGGUGCACUUCAAUGUUCCUCUCUGUGAGGGUAAGAGGUAUGAGACGAUCUUCCUUGAGGGAGACUACUCUUCUUCAGCGCAAUUCUUUGUUACUGUGUCUGUGUUAGCAUUUCUCUACGCGCUCCUAGCUACAGUAGUCUACAUUUUCUACCAGAACAAGUACAGAGAGAAGAACAGAGGUCCUCUAGUCGAUUGCCUGGUUACUGUGAUUUUCUCGGGUCUGUGGCUUGUGAGCUCGAUAGCCUGGGCUAAAACUCUCUCCGGAGUGAAGACAGCCAUGGAUGUGAGUCUGAUACAGAUGCUAAUGUCUGCCUGCAGAGAUGAGCAGAACUUGUGUGAGACACUAGAGGAGCCAACCUGGACCAGUCUUAAUGUAUCAGUGGCAUUUGGCUUUCUGAAUUUCUUCCUGUGGGCUGGUAACAUUUGGUUUGCCUACAAAGAAACAGGUUUACACAAGUCCGGUCAGCGCUACCCCUCCAGAACGCCCUCUGAGAAACGCAGCGAUAGUUUCAGGCAGUACAGUCAAAGCAGUUUUGACCAAUCUGGAACAGGCUUUGGACAGAGGCUCUACAACCAGCCAAGUUUUGAUCUAUCAGGUGGAGGACUCAACCUAUUGCAGACCAAUCUAGGACAGCCUAAUGUUUACAGACAGAUGGGCAGUCCCACCUCUAGAGGACCACUCAUAUUUGUCAAUGAAAGUCAGUGAGAUAAGUGAAUGCAGUGUGGUUAUACUGUAUAAGGGAGAUAGUCAGGAGAGAAGAAUGAGGAAAAUAACAGAGUAAAGAUAAAAUAAUCUCUCAGAUACUGAAAAGAGUAUGUAUUAUGAAGUGGAAAAAAGACAGAAAUGGAAUAAAUGCAAAACCCUAUAUUUAUGUGUACAUUGUAUGGUCACUGGCAGAAGAGACAGGAAGUGUAAGUGUUUCAUUUAGAUUAGUUGGUGAUUUUAUAUAUUUUUUGUCAAUUUAAUUAUUAUUAAAUGUGGUUUAAAUAUAAUGAUGUAUCAUUUGUGAGAUUUUUCUUAAAUUCUAAUAAAAAUAUUUUGUGUAUUAUGUUACUUUAAUAGGAACAUCUGUAAUGUACUUUAAGUGACUUUGACCUUGGCAUGGUUGUUGGUGCCAGACUGAUUGGUUUGACUGUUUCAGAUUCUGCUCAUCUCUUGGGAUUUUUAUGAACAGCAGUCUAUAGAGUUUACAAAGAAUGGUCUGAAAAAAAAGAAGAAAAGAAUCCAGUGAGGAAUAUCCUGUAGCUCUCACUAUAUAAACGGUGGUCAGUGUAAGUGGCUGUAUCUAGAUGUAACAACAUAUUCCAUCAUUUAUUUGUGUUCUGCCACUGUAAAUGGUGUCUCUGGUAUUUCCCCCAUGUACAUUUUCAAUGUUUAAUGUAUAUGUAAUGAUUGCUUCCUGUACUUUAUUGAUAUUGUUACAUUACAGGCCUUGAAAUGAAAAUAAAAACCACAGAAGUUAGGAUGUGUCUGAAGAUGUUAAAUCUGUUAAAAGACUGAUCUGAGGGCUGUUUUAUUAAUGACUCAGUCUGUUCACAGUGUUCCGUGCAGUGCAGAAAGUGUGUCAGAGUCUAUGCAAGUGAUGCAAUCAUGUUGUAACUUGCAAAGUUUUAUGUUGAUCUCUCUAAUCUAGCCUUGU